GUGUGUGCGCGUGUAUCGGGGGUGGGUGCAUUAGUGCGUGUCAGAGAGCAAAGAGAGCCGCAGUUAUCUAGGAAUCUGAGCCAAAGCACCCUCACUACCAGAGACAGAGAGAGGGAGGUAGAGUGUGAGAAGGUGACCAGAGGGACAGACAAGUUAAGAGGUUGAAGUUGUAGAUACGAACACAGAUAGAAAAAGUUAAAGAAACACGGACACGGAACUAGACUGAACAGAAACCUUCUUCAUUAUUUUGUAUUAAUCCUUUAUGCUGAUGAAGAGAUUAAUAAAUAAAUAGUCUACAUAGAUAAAGAAACAAACAUACUGAUAUCAAUCGAAGCAACGGACUCAAAUCACUAACAAGAAACUGUCAAGAAGUCAGGAGUUACCAGGAUUUGGGACCUUAAGCUGACAAAAAGCAACACAUUUUGGGUGAAAACCUGCAAAACACGGAUAGUGAAAGAUCUUCAACAAGUGUGGAUUUUGUGUGACUUCAACUCCUUUUUCAGAUUUCCCAUGAUUCCACUUGGCUCUCUCAGCAUGCUGCCAUUGCUGUCUCUGUGCGUGGGAGCCGUAUUGUCUCCUCCAGAAGCUCUCUCCACCUGCCCCCAUCCCCCCUGCAGGGACAGCCUGGUGGCCGCUCCCCCCAUACGGCCAGGGACAGGGGCCGGGAUGUGUGAGGGGCGCUCGGGGGCGUCAGGCUGCAGGGUGGUGGCUGCGUCCCCAUCCUCGUCAGACUCACCUCUGAGGGUGGAGCACAGACAGGAACUCCGACAGGUGCAGACCAAGAUGGGGGAUGUGUCAGAUCGCCUGGUUCAGCUGCAGAGCUGCAUGCGUUCCCUCCAGGAACCAGGGGCCACCAGGGGCCAAGGGGCCCAGCCGGGAGGGGACACACUAGGGGCCAUCCUGGCGUUGAUGGCCUCUGUGCUGACAGAGUGUGACCUCCACUGUCACAGUCAGGCCCUCAGAGCAAUGGCCAAACGACUUGAAGGGGCAGCAGUGGGAAGAGAGGGGGAGAAGGAUCUGCUGCUUCUGCUCAGGAGUAUUACACAACACUCACCAACAGUUGCCCCUUCAGCAAGGCAGUUUCCUCAGGACUGUGCUGAGAUCUAUCGCGUAGGGAUCAAAGAGAAUGGAAUUUACACCAUUCAGCCUGACCCGCAAAGACCUGCGCUGGAGGCUUCGUGUGACAUGGAGACAGCAGGUGGGGGAUGGACAGUGUUCCAGACUCGGAGAGACGGCUUGCUGGACUUCAACAGGACAUGGCAGGAGUACCAGGAGGGCUUUGGAUCUCCACAAGGGGAACACUGGCUGGGGAACGCAGCUCUGCAUGGCCUCACCUCCUCUGGCCAGUACCAGCUCCGCAUUCAGCUGGAGGACUGGCACCAGCAAAGGCGCCAUGCCACCUACAACACCUUCCGAGUGGCCUCAGAGACACAAAGGUAUCGUCUGACAGCUCGGGAGUACUCCGGUGACGCUGGCAACUCACUUAGCUACAGCAAACGUUACAACCACGAUGGGCGAGCAUUCAGCACCAACGACCGUGACCAUGACCGCUACACAGCUGGGAACUGUGCACAGUACUAUGGUGCUGGUUGGUGGUUCGAUGCCUGCCUGGCUGCCAAUCUGAACGGACGCUACUAUCGUGGGCGCUAUAGCGGGCUGACCAACGGCAUCUACUGGGGCACAUGGUACAUCCUGACGGACAGCCGCAGCGGUGAGCGCUACUCCUUUAAGAGUGUGGAGAUGAAGACAAGGCCCCGGGACUUCUGAAGAAGCUUGCUUAGAGAGCAAUUAAGACAGGAAUGUAGAAAAGUGUAGGAUAGGUUAAACCUAGUCUUUGACUAAAAUAUACUAUAAAUCAAUAGAGGUUCUCCAUUCAGAUGGCUGUCCUAUACUCGUAUGAGUUUCUGUCUGGAGAUCUGUCCACGAGGUAUGUAAGAUGUAUUCCUGAAGACUUGUUUAGAGUUUGUCUGAUGUCCUGUACUCCAUCAUGUACAAUGUCACUGGUAUAGUGAACAACACUUUUAAGAUUGAUACUCAUGUUGGCUGUGGGCUUCACUAAAAAGGACAGUGUUUAAAAUGAAGGCUGCUUUACAGAGGCUCUAAACGCCAUGGCUCUGUCUGUAUUCAUGUCUUUGGUGUGUUUUAAAGUCUAACAAGGAUCAGGAGAUUAUGUGAUCCUGAAGAAAGCAUCAUGUAUCCCAACACCUGCUUUAUUUUACCCAAACUCAAACCAUACUGUUGAGCACCUUUUUCUUUUGUGAUGAUUAAAUAAAUAUUUCAU